AUGGAUCAGAUUCAUGCUAAUCCUGCAGUUAUGGAAAAGCUGGAGAAAGUUAGUAAGAUUAUGAUCGAGAAGAAUCUCAUUAAUAGCGACAACCACGAUGCCAAUGGUCAGCGAAGUUUCAAACCAAUGCAAAUGAUCAAGAUUCUAAUGGAUAAGGAUCUGAGACUUGCCAUGAAUGAAUUCAAAAGUUCCCUGGACAAGGCAGGUAUUCAGCUCGGUCCGGAUCAAUUGGCACCUCUAAUGACGGUCCUGGGCAUUGAAAAGGAAAAGAAAUAA